ACUUCUGCGCUCUGUGGGCAAUCUGCUCUCGUCUGGUCCUCUGGGGGACAUGGGCUCCCAGGGGGGCGACCUCCUGCCUGCGUUGUGCGCUCUUGCUCGGGCCUUACUGCCUUCCCAUCCGGCCCUGGCCCUGGAGAGCGCCUGGGUCCUCAACAACCUAACAGCUGACUCCAGCGAGCUCUGCACUGCGCUGCUGGAUCUCAACCUGGUUCCAGAACUGAUCCAGCUCCUGCCUUUCUCUCAAGGAAUCAACACAAUGCUCCUUCGGGUUCUGGGUAACGUUGCCCACCAGACUAACCGGUCCUGCUCCCAGCUGGCCCGUGCUGGGCUGGUGCCCGCCCUGUGUGCUACUCUCAGGAUUUCUGAGCCGGACGUGGUGGCUCUGAGCCUGGAGGUCCUCUUCAUGCUGGUAGCAGGUUGCCCACAAGUAAGUACAAGCACCUCGCCUUUCAGAAACCGAAGGUCGAAAGCACAGCAACAGCACCGUCUCUGGUGA